AUUGUGUGUGCUUGAUGGUGCUAGGUUAUAGAGACGAGGCACUGUUUGUGUUGCCGCAUCGACUUUCAGCAUUAAGGUUAGCAUUGUAGGGUUUCUUAUACACUUUUUUUAGCUCCUUUUUGCUUGUUUCAUCAGGCCUUGAUAUCAUUUUACCCUUCCUAAUGUUAUUUUCUUCGAUUCAUGUUUAAAUUUCUUAAACAUUCGUCCAAAUAUAAGGUUCCAACAAGAUCAAUAUAGGAAAGUAAAUAAAUAAAGAAACUAAUUCUUUUUUGGUGUUACGAGUUUUUUAUUAAGGAAUAAUGGGUUUUGAACAUGUGGAGUCUUAUCCAUGGAAAUAUCUUAGACCCAUCUGCACUCUACAAAAGAGAAAAAUGAAAGGACCUCAUUGGGGAGGCCAAUUGUAGCCCUUCAAAAUAGAUAAAAUAGAAUGACUAGUUUCUGUGCAAAAAUAAAAUUUGUGCAAGGGGCAUCACUGAUCAUUUUAUUUUGGUAAAAACGUCCAGCAAUUCUUCAAAAUUAAAUCACUUCCUAGUUAGAUGUAAAUUAAACUAUCACUAGGCUAUAGCAUUAAUCACUUGUGAUGACGAUUACUUGUGAUGACAACACAUAACCAGCAUAAAAUCUUGUGACUUCAUACUUGUGUGACGAAGGUUAGCUAUGAUUUUAGUUCAGAAUCAUCAUCACCAUCACAUCUCAUGCCAUUAUGUUUACAAUAAAAGAAAAGUGUCGUCCCAUUAAACAAUUAGUUAUUAUGGCAAUUUGUAAAUAACAUUGUAUACCUAAUAAAUAACGGCGGUAAAUUGACCUCGUGUCUAAUUCAUCCUAUUCUGUUUUGAUGACAUUUAAUACCUACCAUUGUUGUUAUGGAAAGAGACUUACAAUCAUUCCUACUGUUUAAACUUAUACGAACUUAAUACUAGCAAGUUGGGGUGUGCAGAGCUAGACACCGCACAAUUAUUUUUGUCACACGCGGGUUGAGUUGUUUUCCCCUCAAAUUGAUUGUUGAUCCAUUUGUCUAGUGUCAAUGGAGUCCAUCUAGAUAUUUUAGGAAGGACAAAAGAAGAAGAAGAAGAUAAGUUUAAAAGAAAAUGAAGAUAAGAAAUUGGUGAUUUACAUGGAAGCUUAUAGGUUGUGUUUGUGGGUUUUAUCCCCCCAACUCCCAACAGGAUAUUUUUAGGAUAUUUGUUUUGGAUGUCAUCCAUUGGCUGCACUGCAAAUCUUCUGUUGGCUAAGAGAGAAUGGGAUUUGCCUCUGCUGGAGCGCAGUUGAUUUCCCUUCCACCAACUGGGAGCAGUAGCCGCCGUGUCGGGAAGCCAUUUCAACCACCUUACUUCAAAUUUGCUUAUCCUCUCCCUUCUAGGAAAUACAGUAAUAUGGGUGUUUGGAGAUGGAAGGGUAAACUGCGUUAUAGCGUAGAGGGCCGAAUGAAGGAUGAUGAUGAUGAUGAUGCUUGUGAACUAGUGAAUGGAAUGGAGCUUUCAAUUGGGGAACAACCUCAUCAUUCAAUCCCUGCAUAUCUCUUUAAGGCAGUCAAGAACAAUAAUGGAACUGCUAUUCUUCUCUUGUCCGAUCUCUUUGCCUUUCAACAUUCUUCCAUUAGAGACUUUGCUUAUCGUCUUGCUUGCAUUGGCUUCAAUGUCUUACUUCCAGAUUUAGUUCACGAAGAUGUAUGGGAGAAACCGCCAGCUGAACACUGUGCAAAACAAGAGAUGCAGAGGAUUGCAGAAGAUAUAGGAACAGUAACAAAAUGGUUGACCGAAGAGUUUUCAGCAGCAGGCCUCUCAAUGAAGCUUGGGAUCAUUGGAUUUGGGUACGGGGGAGGCCGAGUAAUAGAUGUUCUAGCUCGAGACGAGGGUACCUGUUUCUUGAUUGGAGCCUCCAUCUAUGGCACUCAGGUAGAUCCAUCACUUGCUACCAAAGUCAAGGUUCCUGUGUUGCUCAUCUCAGGGGACAAUGAUCCACUUUGUCCAGUGAGUGUCAUGAAGGAUUUGGAGAAAGGGAUUGGAGAAGGCUCCAAAUUAGUGAUAUUUGGGGGAAGAGGCCAUGGCUUUGUUCACAAUCCUGGAUCUCCAGAAGAAGAUGAUGAUGCUGAAAAGGCUUUUCUAAUGCUUAGAAAUUGGCUACAUCACGGCUUGGUUGCAAUUAAUAAUUUAGCUAACUGCCAUGGGUAAUAUAGUAAUAAAUGAAAUCAAUGAUUCUGGUCCCCUUUACUUUGAUACCAAAAUGCCCAAGGCCAGGGCGAUGCCACACUUUUACGCAAUUCAGCAAUGCGAUGCCGUCAUUAAUAAACACAUACUUUCAAUUGGUGAGAUCAA